UGGUCUGACUCGUUUCUGCAACUUUUGUGCGGCCAUGAAUGAUUUUUAAGUUGAUCUGAAGUUUGGAAGUUUAUCCGAAUAGACUGCAAGAAGACAGAAGAUGGUGUUGACUGUACUUCUGUAGAUGAAGAUGGAAAUUUUGUCUCUAACCUAAACAACAUACAGACAUAUGCCAGAUAUUUCGGAUAUUGCAGCUCUACUAUCAGACAAUAUUCGCCUUUGCUAAAAGUCGACAUGGAUCUGGGUGGAAGAAAUAAUGCAGCUCCAUUUGAAGUUGUCUUCAGGGGAGCAGAUGACACAGCUCCCGAGACUGUACAGAUGAAUGAGUUUGUUGUAGCAAAUUCCUCUACAGAUACAUCAGAUUUAGACAACGGAACAUCGACGAGCGAUAGAUUGUACACAAUGCAGCAAGGUGGAUCAUCUGGUAAUAAUUAUCUUGAAGAAGACUCGCCAUUACGAGAAACACGAUCAGAUCCCUUUAACAAACCAAGAUGGUGGAGAGAAGCAUCAAGUUUAUCUAUAAUUAUUGCCAGCAUGAUUAUUUUUUGCGUUGGAAUUACUAUCGCGAUGAUAAUUCAAAUAUUAGUAGGAGCUCCACAGGUUAUUCCACACGCUGGAGUUUUGUCUGAUGAUGAUCAAUGUUCAAAAAUUGGAAUAAGAGUUUUAUCUGAAUCAGCAGAUUCUACUUAUCCAACAGCAUCGUCAAUUGAUGCCACUAUUCUUACUUCACUUUGUCUUAUCGUUAAAAAUAUUCACAAAGGUGGAUUAGGAGGGGGUGGUUUUAUGUUGAUCGAAAAACAGCAUGAUGCAAAACAUGAUAUUGUCCAAAUAGAUUUUCGUGAGAUAAGUCCGAUGAAGACAGAAACACCAAACGUAACAAGAGAGGAAGUGAAAGCUGAACAAUCCGUUGCUGUACCAGGAUAUAUACAUGGGAUGAAGGCGGCUCAUGAAAAAUUUGGAAAAGCACCUUGGGAAAAUAUUUUUCAACAAGCAUCAAAACUAGCUGCCGGUGGUGUUUUAAUAUCUGAAGAAGUUUCAGAAGCUAUUUCUAAAUUGGAUAUCACUUCUAUUCCUGAAGACUUGAAAAAUCUGGUGACGAACGGAACUGGCUCAAAGUUACUAAAAACUAACGACACAUUGAAACAACCAGAGCUUGCUAAGACAUUUCAGAUUAUCGGAGAAAAUCCAGACUCAUUUUAUGCUGGAAGAAUAGCUGAUUCUCUUGUUACAGCGUUAAAUAAGGGAGGAUCUAAGAUGCAGAAACAGGAUUUGAAAAAUUACAAAGCUAUCACAAAUACUGAUGUUCUUCGAGUUAAAUAUGGAGAUAUGUCGGUUUCAGCAAGCAGUCCUCCAUCAUCCGGUCCUGUCAUUCUUUCUGCAUUGAAUUAUCUAUCUCAUUAUCCUAUUAAUAAAAACUUUUCCAGUGACUAUUUAUUGUAUCAUCGUAUGCUGGAAGCGGUAAAAUAUUCGUUUGGUUAUCAAUCAUCCUGGGAGACAACCGAACAAGUAAAUGAAAGCUUCAGUAAUCCUGCAGUGGUUGAACAAAUCGUAGACAAUAAAACUUUUCCGAUUGUCAAUUAUUUAAAUGACACACAACCUUUAUCAUUAAAUAAAGGUGGAGAACAACAUGUCACUGUCGUGGGUUAUGAUGGCUACAUUGUCACCAUUGUAAUGGGUAUCGGAACUCCAUUUGGUUCCAAGAUUAUGUCUGGAGGAUUUAUUCUUAAUAAUGCAAUGUUAGACUUCUGUUGGCCAGGGAAAGGUGAAGAAUUGGUUGGUCUGCAGAACUCUGAGGCAAACAUGAUUGCGGGUAGUAAGAGACCGAUGUCAUCAAUGUCUGCUGUUUUAGGCUUACCAGCUGAAACAAAAUGUGGUCUUUAUCUUGGUUUUGAUGCACAUGAAGCAGAUUCUGCAAUUUCAGCAUUGCUACAAACAGUUAUACGUAAACAAUCUGGAAUGGAUCUUUCUAACAGUAUAACCAGCGGACGUCUCGAUCAAGAAUCAUAUCCUUUCAAUGUGAUGGCUGAAGAAUCUGUCUCAUCAGGGCUCGUUGGAUAUUUGAAGUCACUCGGACACAAUGUUACACAAUUAUCAUCAGGACAAUCAUUAGGAGUUUGUCAUAGUCUUACUUAUUUUGAGGGAUUAGUAAAAUUUUAUGAAGAUCCACGAGAUGCUGAUGAUGGCGCAUACGUUUUCUAAUCAUUCUCUCUCAUAAUUUCAUAAUUUAUUUAUUCUAUACUCGCACUUUUUUAGGUUUAUUAAUGUGCAUUACACAAUAUUCCUUCCUUCUAUGUGUCUGAAUUCAUAUAGUUUAUAUUACUGUGUUGAAAUUAAUCGGUUACUUGUUCAAAUAGUUUUAAUUUUAUUUUUUUAGAUGAAUUGCAUCUAGCUUGCCAUAUUUUCACUAGGUAAUGGUUAUGGCGAUAAAAAAAUUAACUCUGAUUGAUGGAGUUCUUGAUAAGUUUUAGCAUAUGUUCUUUGUCAUUUAUUAUGUCUGUAUCUUUCACCAUAGUUUGCUCAAAUAUAAAUUGAAUAAAACUGUCGUAGCAAACAA